AUGUACCGGGUCGCCGUCGAUGUACUUCCCAUGCAAGCAUCAUCGGUACCCUGUGAGCGUGUCUUCUCGUCCAGCAAGUUGACAACCACAGCGCGCCGAAAUAAGCUCUCGCCGGCAUUGGUCGAGGUUCUUCAAAUUCUCAAGUACAUCUUCAAGCAGGAGCGAUUAGACUUCUCAGGAAGCUGGGCUGCAACGGAGGCAGACAUG